AUGUCAUCUUCGGGCAACGCAGAUGCACCCGCGAGGUCGUCGCACCCGCUCAGGAGGGACAAGGAAAAGUAUCUGUUCCAAAGCCGAAUUCAGAAAAUUCCCUACAAAGAGAUUGCACGGCGACUGGAUAAAACAGUUCUGGCAUGCCGUCUGCAUCAUCACCACCUGAAAGCGGGAAGAAAGGGACGUCGCCCCGAUGAGAUCGGGGAUGACGAUUCGGAGCUUAGUGAUACCACAGCCUCAUCAAACAGCCCUUCGCCGCCGUCAAACACAGGUGGACCUGCCAUGUCGCCACAAGAGCAAUCCCGCAAGUUUAGUAGUGGCCCACAAACCUUACCGGUGCGAACCACAGCAACACAGACACAAAGAUUGCCAAAUUUCGAGACAUUCAUGAGAGACACCUUCCCAGAGGACAGUUUCCACCGCCGCACAGUCUCGGCCCCUCAAAAUAACAUGAACAUUUCAACAGCAACAUGGAGCGGUGAUAGCAGGAGCACAGCCUUUCCCGGCAAUGAUAGCAGACAUGUAAGGAAACAAUCAGGGAAGCCACAAAACAAUACACCACAAAGUUACCAGGGAGCCACGAAGCGACUACCACAUAACCGCGACCACUAG